AUGCUCUCUGAUCUGAAGAACGUGCCGCCGGGCCAGCUGGUCCUCGCCGCCGGCGUCUGCUUUCUGUUGUAUAAAGUCUACAUCUACCUGACGCUGGGUGCCGUGGAGCGAAGGUUUAUCAAGGAGCACGGCUGCCGGCCCGCUCCAGCAUACCCUCAUAAGGAACCAGUCUUGGGGCUGGAUUUCGCCAUCAUCUCCGCGAAGAAUGCGAAGUCCAAGUCCUUCCUUCAGACGGUCCAGAACCGUUUCCGUAUGAAUGGAAACACCUACACUUUCAAUUUCAUGGGCAAAAGGGCGUUCACGACCUGCGAGCCUGAAAACAUCAAGGCCAUUCUGGCUACCAAAUUCCAGGAUUUUGCGCUGACCCCUCUCCGGAAAAAGGCGUUCCAACCGCUCUUUGGCAAGGGAAUUUUCACCACCGAUGGCGGCGAAUGGGAGCAUUCAAGGGCCAUGCUCCGGCCGAAUUUCGUUCGGUCGCAAGUCGCCGAUUUGGAUAUGAUCGAGAAGCACGUCCAGAACCUGAUUAAAGAGAUUCCCACCGACGGUUCCACGGUGGAUCUUCAAGACCUUUUCUUUGACCUGACGUUGGAUACGGCGACUGAGUUCUUAUUCGGCGAAUCAGCGAUCUCUAUUGGGACGAAAACCAGCGAUAACAAUGAGCGAUUUAGCGACAUAUUCACCUACUGUACCACUUCGAUCGGGAACUGGGCGCGGAUUGGCGUGUUCUUCGGCAUUCCGGACAAGCGUUACCACCGCUACGUCGAUGGCAUCCACGAAUUCGUCGAUCGCUACGUGAAGAAGGCUCUCGAGCACCAUCAAGCCCAGCAGUCGGGACUGAUCACAAGCGAGAAAACUGAAAGCCGCUACAUUUUCUUGUACGAGCUGAUCAACCGCACGCAAGACCCAAUAGAACUGCGCUCGGAAGCCCUGAACAUUCUGCUUGCUGGUCGUGACACCACGGCAAGUCUCCUGGGUGCCCUGUGGAAUGUCCUAUCAAAACGGCCCGAUGUCUGGUCGAAGCUACUACAGGAGGUCGAUGGGCUGAACGGCAAAAAACCAACUUUUGAGGAAGUAAAAGAUAUGAAGUACUUGCGCUUCUGUGUGAAUGAAGCCCUACGACUUUACCCUGUAGUCCCCAUAAAUGGCCGUACAGCCGUGCGCGACACCUUCGUGCCCGUUGGCGGGGGCCCAGAUGGAAAAUCACCUGUUUUCUUGCGCAAAGGCACCUUGAUGUCCUACAGUGUUUUCGCCAUGCAUCGCCGUGAGGAUCUCUACGGGCCCGACGCGGCCGAAUACAGGCCUGAAAGAUGGGAGAAGCUACGGUCGGCCUGGGACUUCCUCCCGUUCAAUGGCGGCCCGCGAAUUUGUCUUGGACAGCAACUUGCGCUUAUUGAAGCUUCGUAUACCACCAUCCGAUUGAUGCAGACCUUCCGAACGAUCGAGUCCCGCGACAGCCAUCCGUGGACCGAACAGCUCACGGUCACAUGUGCCAGCGAGUAUGGCGCAAGGGUUGCUCUGGGGCCGUGA